AUGGAUCUACAGCAGUCCCCAUUCAUACGGGAGCUGGCUUCAAGUGAAAAGAAAACCCGGGAUAAAGCAGUGGAAUCGCUAACGGCCUUUCUAAGGAGUAGGCGGGACUUGAAACUCUUGGAUCUCUUGAAAAUAUGGAAAGGAUUAUUUUACUGCUUCUACCACUCCGAUAAACCUCUCAUACAACAAGCCCUCGCCCGUUCUCUCUCAUAUACUCUAGUCCCCUCCCUACCAGAGCAGAUGGUCUUGCCGUUCCUCCGGGCAUUUUGGAUAACAAUGUCACGCGACUUUCACUCUCUGGACCGACUACGUUUGGAUAAAUAUCUAUUCCUAAUAAGAUGUUAUGUCGGCGUUUCAUUCGAAUACUACCUUAAGCGGGGAGGCAAAAGCAAACGCCAGCCAGGAACAGGAAGCAGCGAGAAUCAGAAAAUAAAGAAUAAAAGGAAGAGAGAUGAUGUGGAUAGUGAAAAGAACGACGGUUCAAACUCCAGGCGCAAGACAUCUAGUACAACGGCGGUACAGGUACAGCAGGAGAGUGAAUGGCCUGAACUAGAAGCUUACCUCGACAUGCUUGAAGACGGCCCGCUAAGCCCACUGAUCUUUGACUCCGGACCAUCUAGGGAAGACUCUGGCCACGGCAAGGACGAGAACGGGGCGUCGAUUAAGAUGCCAAAGGGCCCUGAUGGAAUACGCUACCAUCUCAUGGAUAUCUGGCUAGAUGAACUGGAGAAAUGCGCCACCAAGCCCGACGAGUCUAGUGCCGGCGACGAUGAGGAACCAGCCGCUACGAAGCUAAAGGAGGGCGUUCCGAUGGAGUUGCUAUUACGGCCAAUUGAGAGGCUGGAGUCGAAAAGUCCGAAUAAAACAGUUAGAACUAGGGCGAAGGAAACCCUUGCUGAUGAAAGGUUGAUUUCAUGGGGUGUAAGGGAGCCAGAGAAGCCCGAAGAUGGCUCGGAUGAUGAGGAAGAAUGGGGUGGUAUCCAAGAUUGA